AGGUAACUUCCCAGAGAGAACCAGAUUCAGAAACACUCGUAACUUCUUUAGAUUCUGCCAUUCUCUUGAAUGAUAAAAAUGGACAGGGUUGUUCUUCUUUUCCUCAAUCAGAGAUUUCACGAGAUAAGAAGAAUACUCAGUUUUCAGAAAAUUCUAAUAACAGUCCAUCAUCUAAAUCAUGUAAUGCUUCUUCUAGCUUUGAAUGUGAUGAGAAG